AUGCAUCAGUCAAAUGUUAAUCUUCUUGAUCUUCCUAAUAAAAUAUUACUUACAAUUUUUAAAAUCCUUAACAAUAUAGAUAUUCUCUAUUCAUUAUUCGAUAUUGAUAAUCAACGACUUGAUAUGAUAUUACAAGAAAAAACUUUUACCACAAGUCUCAACUUCGUAUUUACAACAUCAUAUGGUUGGGUUUCGUCGAUUGCUGAUUCAAUAAUUGAUCGGUUUUGUAUUAGUAUACUUCCAAAAAUUAAUUACGAUAUUAAAUCACUUACUCUCGAAUCAGAAUCUAUGGAACGUAUUCUUCGUGUUGCUGAUUAUCCUAAUCUAACUGAACUUAAACCUUAUAAUGUUAACAAUCAUAUUAUUUCACAAUAUUUUACAAGUAAGAAAUUUAAAUACAAAUCUUAUAUACAGUAA